AAAGAGAGAGAGAGGGGCUCCAACCUGGUCUUCAUGUUUCGUCUACCCUUCGCUGCUGGGAAGGUGUUCAGUGUCAGCAUGCUGGAUACUCUACUGUAUCAAAAUUUUGUGAAGGACUACAUGAUUUCCAUCACCAGACUGCUGGGACUAGACUCCAUGCCUGGCUCAGGCUUCCUCUGUGCUAUGAAGAUCACUGAGGAGGACCUGUGGAUCCGCACCUAUGGUCGACUCUACCAGAAACUGUGCUCCUCCACUGGUGACAUCCCCAUCGGCAUCUACCGCACUGAAGCCCAAAAGUUACCAGUCUCUGAGUCCCAGGUGUCCAUCACAGUGGAGGACUACGAGGACACCAGAGAGCCCAGAGAGCCCCUGCUGUCCCGGAGGGGUCCCCACCGCAACUCCACCUCUUCCGAGCCCCCUCCUCUUCCUCCCACCCUCGGACCACCCCCUCCUCCGGCGGAAGAGCAUGCAGUGGGCCAGAAGGCUGAGCAGGAAGGGGGUCAGGGAGAGCAGCGGGUCGAAGGGGUCACAGGAAGCGCUGCGGAGAGGAUCAGCCAGCAGAGACUGACCCUGUUCAGACGCUCUGAGAGACAGGAGCUCAACUCUCUGGUCCGCACACGCAUGAAACACCUGGGCCUCUCAGCCACAGGAUUCAAUGGGAUGACGGACCAGGGCAACAGGUUGUCUUACAUCCUCAUCAACCCCUCUCCUGACACCAGGCUGGAGCUGCACGAUGUGGUGUACUUGAUCAGACCAGACCCUCUGUCUCUGUUGCCUAACCAGGGGGGCACUAGGAAGGUCAGCAACAGCCGCUCCGAGGGCCACAGGUUCGACACACAGAACAGCACCCAUUUGUGAGCGUAGACAACAGAACUCAGCAGCAUAGGGGGAGUGGAGAGAGAAAUGAGAGAGAGACAGAGAGAGAAACGAGAGAGAGAAAGAGAGACAGAAAGAGAGACAGAGAGAGUACGCGAGAGAGACAGAGCGAGGGAGAGAAAGAGAGAGAG